ACAAUGUUUCAGAAAUCAUGUGAGAUGAGACCAAUCUGUAAAGUGUACCAUUUGUCUAUGGAUAUAAUUGCUUGGAAUAUUUUCAAAUUUGAACGCUAAAAUCGUUCAACUGUCGAAUAGAACGUUAAGUUACGUUCAUUUUAAUACGGUACGUUCUUCUCUUGGCUUCAAUGAUUUAGUGCAAUUUAGUGAUUAAAACGUUGCCCAGGAUUUUCCGUCCACAAGUGUCCUUUUCUUGAACGAUAUUCACAUAUGAAAUUAAGAGAAAAGCGAAAUACUUAACAAUGUCUACACCGACGAAGUCCACGGGUGCGAAGUUUAUCGAUGUAACUUUAUUAAACACUCCUGAACCACAAGCAACGUCGACUGUACAAAGAAAAAGCACAUUGGGAAAUAAGUUCUUUGAUCAAAGUAUUAAUGAAGCUAUAUAUAAACGAUCUACAGCGAGUAAAGAUGAUACAAUACAAAAGUCUGAUGAUUCGUCUCUGGGUAUAUUGGACAACAUAUCCUCCUUUCUAGCUGAAGUAAGUGGACCUGAUUUAUACAAGCAAAGGGAAGACAAAUUGGACUCAGAACGUGAACUAGCUAGAAAACUACUUCAAAGAUGUAGCAACAUUAAAACUACAUCUCUUCCAUAUAAUACAAACGAAGAAAAUAAUGUCAGCAUUCAAAAUCUAUGCAGCAAUAUAACAUCUCCGACUCUUGUCAGUCAAGGAGACUCUUCUACUCAGACGAAUACUCAAGAUGAGAGUACAUUACGUUCAAUUGUUAGCAAGGCGAGUAACAUCGUUUUCGAACCAAACGAAAUAAGCGCCCGCUCAUCUGGUUUGAGCAGAAGUUCACAGAAACGUUUAUCAGUAACGUCUGAUCAAAAUGUGAAUGCAAUAACAUUCAAUUCAACCGAUGCCGAAUUGAUGGCACAGUUUGGAAAUGAAGAAUUCCGACCUGCUUCUGAAAUGGCUAGUCAAUUGCUGGCAGAUGAAGCAUCCUGGCAGCAAAAUUACUCCUAUGCUCUUCCAACAACGACUUUGGCUGAAAAAGAGUAUCUGAAUUUAUCCUGUUUUUCCGGUAUCAUUGGUGAUCUGGACUUAUCAGUAGAAUCUUGCGGCGGCCGUAAGAUGGCCGUUGAUGAAUUUUUCAAGAGGAAAUGUGGUAAUGUUGGAGAAUUAACCGAUGGUGUAAUCGAAAGGCCAAGUUUAGGAUUGUCUGUGAACAGUCCUAAAAAAAAAGGCGACCUUGUUCCAUUGGUUGACUCAACUAUCAUAACAGAAACAUCAUCAGCUAGCUCAUUUAUUGCAAAGGGCAAAAGUCUGCAGAACAAUCCAAGUACAACGAAAAAUACAGAAGAACAAAGUAUCAUGAGUUUAACUAGCAUUGCUGAAGCAUUACAGGAUAUCGACAGUGGUACACCACGAAGAUUAGUGGAUGAACUUAUGGCAAAGAAAAAGAAGAAAUCUGCACACAUGAUAGAAGAGGCGAAUAGGGAUACAUAUACCAUGCUGCCUUUGAAUAGAAAGUCAAUGCCUGCAACCUCAAGUAGAAGCAUCGAGAAUUUUGAAAAAGAUAUUCCACCAUUAAGUUUGUCUUCGAAACUAUCACUAGAUAGCAAAAUUCCUAAUGAAACGUUAGAUCUUGAACACUCUGCUUCAAGUAGGCGAUCUUUAAACUCCAAUCUAGACGCGAAAACAAAUUUCAGAACUGCCUGUCAAAAUCUUAAAAAAGAAAUAAGUAAUAAAAACUUGAAGUCUUCGUACAGUCAAGAAUUUCAAUCUUUGAUGGAAGAUCCGAAAUUAUCCUUCUUAAAUUAUACUAAAGGACGAAACGUUCCAUCCUGUGUUUCACUAACUAACAUAAAACACAAACAAGAGACAGAAUUUGUUAAUUCGAAAAUCGAAGAAUUUGGGAUAAAGGAAAUUAUUAAAAAGGAAAAUAUUUCUUAUAAAGAUAAAACAGAAUCUAUUAUACAGGAUCUUUCAAAUUCUGAAGAAAUUGAGUCUCAAUUAAAUGUUGUCAUUGGUAAGAACACAGAGGAAUUGUGUAGUUGUAUUGUUGGUAUGUCGAGAGAAGCCGGCAUCCAACUGCUAAACAAAGGUGACAGAUGGGUUACAUGUUCUUUAAGUUUAAAUCAGGUACAAGGGGACAAACAAAACGUUCAACUCGUAUCACCAAAAGAUGUGAUACUUAUUAAACCAAACUCUGAGCAAAAUGCCAAGAUUGCAGUGACGAUAGUUAAGAUGUGUAAACCCAUCAUAGCUAUUUUGAAUAUAACAGUUUCGGAUAUGGUUACGAGAUCUGAAUGGAUCAUAAAGCACAUAAUUUGCUUCAAGCCUGAAGAAUUAAAUGUAAUCGUUUCGAAUCCAUCGCAAAAGAAGGAGCUGGUCUUUCAAUCCAUCAUUGAGAACACUAUAUCUGUUCUCCCUGUUACGAUCAAGAAUAAAAACAGCAUUGAGAUAUGCAUGAGACUCUCUAUAUCACAAGAUGAACCACGAGUAUUCGGUCUGGAAAAUUACAAUGAAAUGCAACGCGUGACAAUAAAGUCCCAGGAAUCUUUAACCCUGAAUGUCCAGUGCAAAGGUAUCUUACAGAGACAUCUAGAUCAGUCACAGAGAUCUUUGCAAUGCUAUGAUGGGAACUUGAUAGUUCAAGUGGAAAACGGCCCAGAUGAUACCAUAAUAAUCAAAGAAAUAGCUCUGAAAGCACAAGUAGGAACUUGUAAGAUACAAUUAGUCGACACUGAUAUGCCUUUCGUGGUGUCCAAUAAGCAAACUAAAUCGAUGAACGUGAUCAAUGUUGGAAAUGUACCGGUACAGGUGUUUGCUUCAUUCGCAGACACGGAUUGUGGGAAAAGCUUAAAACAUUUUACAGUUGAACCACAACAUAUACUUUUACAACCUAAUAACACCGGCUACUUUAAUAUUACAUACAAACCACAAAAUUCAGACGCCUCGAAAAUGCUUACAAAAAUACAAUUCACUGCUGCCAAUAAUGUAUAUCAGUACUCCGUUUGUGGUGAAUCAAGUACUUGCAUGGAGACAGAGAACGAGCAAUUUCUUCGUUGUGAAACUCCUCAACUUUUAUCAUCUGCUAGUUCUCCAUCAUCUCCCCACAGUGUGAUUUCAAAUAAGUCGGGGAUUUCCGGAAGGAACUCCCCUCUCAGUUCUGUGUCGGGGUCUACAGUUGCUGGUGAUAAAAUCCCUAUAAAAACAACUCACGCUGCUUUGGUAUGGAACAGUAUAAAAACAGGAAAGUCUGAUGUCAAAGAAUUCACUAUUCGCAACACUAGCAAUAACAAAAUCAAGCUUCAAGUUACUAUAUCCGACAACGAGAAGAACUUUCGGUUUUUGCGAGAACGACAAGCUGGUGGCAUGAGUAUGGUGUUAGUACUGCAAGGAUCAGAAAGUAGAACAUUGUCCGUUGUAUUUAACCCUCACCAUUUGGGUGCAGCUACUGGUAAAAUCGUGUUCAGACAUUUUGAACCUAGAAGAGAUGAUAAUGAGUCUCGACCGUCGAAAGUGUUAUUUUUAUACGGUUACGGUGGCUACAGCAGGGUCGAAAUUUCUGAAGCUUUCAAAGACACAAGCGGGAAGAUGUGGUUGUCCCUAGGUCAGCUAAAUUCUGGAGGUUCCUUGAAUGCGAGACUUCGGUUACAAAACACGGGUGACUUGUGUUCUUAUGUCAAAAUUAAAUUAAUACCAAAAGCUGUGUAUCCUUCUAUGGUUUUAAGUUGGCACGUGAACCCAACCGAGUUAAUAUUAUAUCCAAAAGAAACACAAUGGGUAACUCUGGAAUUUCAUCCACGAAAAGAAGAUCUAGCAUUGUUGCAACGAUCGGAUGUAUCUCAUGUAGGAACAAUACAUAUUACUAACGGGGAUGAACCUACGCGAUGGCGAAUUCGCAGAUUAUAUAAUAAAAUAAAAGAAUCAGGUGAAUUAAACGGUAACGAAAAUGAAGCAUUUAAAAAUAUAGUUCAUCCAAUAUGCAAAUCCUUCCCGGGUGAACAAUUGAUGCCGGAUAUAAAUGCAAUCCGUGAUUCAGUGCAAAAUCUAGGAGACCUGUGUCAAGGGAUUCGACAGCAUGAGAUUAUGCUCACAAUGGAAGUGUGCGCCGAUGAAACAAUGUCAGUUCUUCAGGAUAAUGCCGAUGAGUCUCAAAUGUUUUAUUCUCUGUGCAGUGACAAUAGUCACAUAUAUGACGGAAAUGCUGCAAGCUUUCUACCCUCUGACAUGCUCUUAGCAAACAGUACAACUCAAUACGUGAUGAAUGUUGAUAAUUUUAUAGUUGCACCUUCUGUUGUAAUAUUAACUGCGCCGACCAAAAUGGAGGCAAUCGUGACUAUAAAAACUACAUGCACAGUCGCUCAGGUUUUCGAGACUGCUUUAUCAAAUGUAGAAUAUUUGAGUGUUGUGCCUGCGGAAGGCAUGAUACCCACGGGAAGAGACUUCCAGUUAAAAAUACAAUGUAAACGAAAAGUCGAGCGCAGCUUCAACGCAGUACUCGAGAUCUACACAGAGAACAACAAGUUGGAUGUACAGAUAAAAGUAAAUGUUGAACGAAUGUAAAUUGCACUGUUAUAGUUAAUACUUGUACUUAAUAUUUAUUUGACAGAACAGCUUUAGUUUUGCAUUU